AUGACCGGCAGCGACACGGUCCGGCUCGACGGCGGGGAGCGCUACUUCAUCUGCGGCGCGCCGGGGCACUGCGCCGCCGGGAUGAAGCUGCAGGUCCGGUCAUCAGCGGCGGGCGACGCCGGGUGCGCCAGGACGUCGCCGCCGCGCGGCGCACUACACGACUGCUACGGCAGCCCGCCGCCGAACACCACAUCGCCCCUCGCUCUCGACCUCGACGCACCAGCAACCAUGGCGGCACGGAAGAUGUCGAAGCUGCGUCUGCGCGCCAUGAUCCUGCUCGCCGCCGUCCUGCUGCUCCUCCUCCCCUCGGCCGCGGUAGCCAAGGCCAUGGCCAUCGACGCCAGCAAGACACAGCGCCUUGAUCUGCCGGACGGGCUGGUCGGCCCGAGAGCGUCGCCUUCGACCGCCGCAAUUGUGAUGCAGCUGUGA